UAAUCAUCAAUGCCUUUGUUAGCAAAGAAAGGGUCAUCUGAUGAGCGACGCUCUCAAAUCAAUACAAAAAUAAAAGAGCGAUCAUUAAGUGUGGCCACAGCUUCUCCGUCGAGAGGAGGGGCUUCUUCACUGUUGAGUCCGCAGACCAACGAUGCUAUGUUGGACACAGGUAUGGGAUGUUUCAGUACGAGUACACCGCCGCUGUCGCGCCAGAGAAGACACUCGAAGCUUCAUCUGAGAGUGGCCUCCGAAAUAUGUGUCGACCAGACACUAGGCAUCGGUACGGCCAACAGUUCCGGUGCCAGUGGUAAUAAUAAUAAGGAUCGAUACAGAAUCGUAAUCAUGGGAUCCAGUGCUGUGGGAAAGACGGCAAUUGUUGAACAAUUUCUUUAUGGAUCAUUUCCGACCAGCCAUUCGGCAACAGUUGAAGAGUUACAUAAAGGCGAGUAUGAAGUGGGCAACGGAGCUGUCAUACCAUUGGAAAUACUAGACACAAGUGGAUCUUAUGAAUUUCCAGCAAUGAGACGACUGGCCAUAUCUGCAGGCGAUGCCUUUGCACUGAUCUAUUCGAUCGAUAACUCCGAGACCUUUGAAGAAGUGAAACGAUUGCGCGAAACAAUAGUCGAAGUAAAGGGAGAGACAUACUGUCCGAUUGUGGUCGUCGGCAAUAAGUCCGAUCUGCCGGACUCUGAUCGUACGGUCGGUAUCGAAAUGGCCGAAUGCGAGUGCAUUGAUUGGGAUCACGGAUUUGUCGAAUGUUCGGCUAAAGAUAACCGCAAUAUUAUGAACAUCUUUUCAUCGAUGCUCAUCCAGGCCCGGCUCAAGGGCUGUCUCAAUGUCAACCAAAUUGUUGCCACCAAUAAACACCAUCAUUCACGAGGCGGAGACCACGGCAGCGGCGAUCGUAUGCAACGCCGGCGCUCGAGUCUGCCGAUUAGCGAACUGUUUCAUAGGUCACAGCCGACCACAAUUGCCGGCCUAAGACAUCAGCAAAACGCCGAUCCCAUUAGGUUUCGCAAACGUAACAGUUGUACGCCAUCGUAA